AUGGGUGCCACCGACAUCCCCGAGCUCCAGUACACUCCGAUCGACGAGAUCCAGGAACGGGUCGCUCGCGUGAAGAAGACAUUUUUGGAGCACAAGACCAGAGACGUCGAGUUUAGGCUUGUCCAGCUUCGAAAGCUCUACUGGGCCAUCAAGGACCACGAGCAGCAAAUCAUUGAAGCCCUCCGCCUCGACCUCCGAAAGCCCCGGUUCGAGUCAGAAGUCGGUGAAAGCGUUUGGUUGGAAAAUGACAUCGUUUUCAUCUCGAAGAACCUUCACAAAUGGGUGAAGGAUGAGAAGGCCGAUGAUAUUGAUCUCACCUUCAAGUUCAUGAACCCCAAGAUCCGCAAGGACCCUCUUGGUACCGUUCUGGUGAUUGGUGCCUUCAACUUCCCCUUCCAGUUGACUCUUGGUCCUGUCCUCGGUGCCAUCGCCGCCGGAAACACUGUCGUGAUAAAGCCGAGUGAGAAUGCCCCCAGGAGCGCCGUCGUCAUGCAGAAGAUUAUCGAGUCCUCGCUCGACCCAUCCUGCUACGCCUUCGUCCAGGGUGCCGUCCCCGAAACUCAGGCUCUGCUCUCAGAGCGAUGGGAUAAGAUCUUCUUCACCGGUGGUGCCUCCGUUGGUCGUAUCAUCGCAAAGGCAGCUGCUCCCCACUUGACCCCCGUGGUACUGGAGUUGGGUGGUAUCAACCCUGCCAUUGUCACCAAGUCUGCAAACCCUAGGCUAGUCGCCCGAAGAAUGCUCUGGGGCAAGCUUAUGAAUGCUGGUCAGGUUUGCACGUCUCAGAACUACUUACUCGUUGACAGGAGUCUCGUACCCGCUGUGGUCGAUGAGUUCAAGAAGGCGUACAAGGAAUUCUAUCCUCGCGGAGCCAAGGCCUCCCCAGAUUACUCUCGCAUUGUCAACGAGGGCGCCUUCCACCGCCUGAAGGGGAUGAUUGAUAACUCUCAGGGCAAGAUCCUUAUGGGUGGCACCAUGGACGAGAAGGAUCUCUUCAUUGAGCCUACUGUUGUCCAGGUUGAGUCUCCCGACGACUCCAUGCUCGUCCAAGAGAGCUUCGGUCCUCUCAUCCCCAUUCUUCCCGUUGACAACCUUGACGAGGCCGUCAACAUUGCAAACAACAUCCAAAGCACACCCCUAGGUCUCUACCCGUUCGGAUCCAAGGCCGACACCGAGAAGAUCCUUUCUAAGACCCGCUCCGGUGGUGUCUCCGUCAACGACGCUGCUCUGCACAUCCCCACCCUUCCAUUCGGUGGUGUCGGUGAAAGUGGCUACGGUGCGUACCGUGGCCGCACCAGCUUUGAUGUCUUUGUGCACCGUCGCACAAUCACAAGCAGCCCCGGCUGGCUCGAGUCUAUUUUGGCUAUCCGGUACCCGCCGUAUGCCGGAAAGCUGAACAAGUUCAAGGCCGCCAGUGUUCAGGCUCCUGACUUCGACCGCUCCGGCCGUAAGAUCCGCUUCGGCUUGCUUCGUUUCAUCCUCACACUCGGCGGAGGAUCAGCUAAAGCCGGCGCUAGCCGUGCUGCUGUUGUUGCUGCUGUGGCCUAUCUCGUCAUGAAGAUUCUCGAACACCGGAGCUCAAAGCUCUGA